AUGGCGUCCUUCGGAAAUAUUGAACGUUUCAACGUUAACGAUUCGAAAAGCUGGGACUCUUACAAGGAACGCCUCGACUUUUACUUGACCGCUAACGACAUAACGGACGCGGGAAAGAAAAAGGCCGUAUUUCUGAGCAUCUGCGGACCGGCGACCUACGACAUAAUUCGAUCGCUCAUAGCACCAAUGAAGAAAAAACAUUCAAAACAAAAACCAAAAGUGAACCAACAAUCUAGUGAAAGCAAUUUCAAAAACGUGCCACAAAAUGAGCACAGUUCGGAAGACCAGGUGUACCAUUUUUCGCUUAACAAUGUGAAAUCGGACAGCAUCACUGGUAAAUAUCUGGUAGACGUCCUCCUGAAUAAGAAACCGAUAAGAAUGGAAAUCGAUUCGGGCGCUGGAUAUUCCAUAAUAUUCAAAUCAACCUUUCAAAAACUUUUCAUGGACAAUCCUCCAAAAGUGAAACCAUGUAACUUAAUUCUACUAGAUUACCAAAACCAGCUAAUUUCGACAAUUGGCGAGUGUUACGUGAACGUACAACGAGGACAAAAAAGUGCUACCCUUCCAGUUAUUGUUACUGAAGGCAACCGAAGGAAUAAAUCAGAUAAAUCAGACCUUGUCAAGGAAUACCUGGAAGUAUUGGAGUCAACUCUAGGGAAAUUCAAAGGGCCUCCCGUAAGUUUUUCCUCAUAUCCGAACAUCAAGCCUAUCGUUCUCAAAGUCCGAAAGAUACCGUUCGCUUUAAAGGACAAGAUUGAUCGUGAAUUGGAUAGACUUGUCGAUCAAGGUGUGCUGGAGCCAGUGACUCAUCCAAAACGGGCCACUCCCAUUGUUGUUGUCGCCCAGGACAAUGGUGACGGAACAGCUCUAGCAGGUGGUAAAAUAUUCGCAAAACUAGACAUGGCUCAAGCUUACCUGCAGUUGAGUGUAGAUCAAGAAGCUGCAGACGCACAGACCAUUAUCACACACAAAGGACCUUUUAGGAGCAAACGCUUACAAUUUGGUGUCUCCGUGGCACCCCAAAUUUUCCAACGUUUCAUGGACAUGAGACUCACCGGAAUCCCAGGAGUUCUUCCAUAUUACGACGACAUUCUCAUAGUUGGACAUUCCGAAACAGAUUUGGACCGUAAAGUGCGUGAAGUACUUACCCGUUUUCGAGAAGAUGGACUUAAUCUACGCCGUGAUAAAUGCAUUUUUCACACGAAAUCUAUAGAAUUUUUAGGUUUUAGUAUUAGUGCAGAGGGAAUUCGACCGACCAAAGAGAAGGUGAAAGCAAUUGUUAACGCGCCUGCGCCAACCAACAAAACGGAAUUGCAAGCUUUCCUCGGUUUGAUAAAUUUCUACCACGUUUUUCUUGAAGACAAAGCAACGAUUGCUAAUCCAUUGCAUGAUCUGCUACAUAAAGGUCUCUUGGCAGUGGCAUGCAGAACAUGA